UUUUUUUUUUUCUUCUUUUUCUUCUUUUUCUUCUUUUUUAUUUUUCUAUAUAUCUAUAUUUAUAUAUUUUUUUAUACUUUCUUUCAUUCUUUUUCAUAUUAUAGUUAUAAAUUACAUUCUUUAUACCAUCAUUUUUGUAAAUAUCAAUACUUUCAUUCUUUAUUUUAUUAUUUAUAUUACACUCUAUUUUCAAGAUGAAUAACCAACAAAUACAACCUUUGACUUGUCAUGGUCAUACUCGUCCAGUAGUCGAUUUACAAUUCUCGGAACCAACUCCUGAUGGUACUCUUUUGAUCUCUAGUUGUAAAGAUGGUAAGCCAAUAUUACGAGACGGCAUGACAGGUGAUUGGAUUGGUACCUUUGAAGGUCAUAAAGGUGCAGUAUGGAGUUCUCGAUUGACACGACAAGGUCAUGUAGCAGUGACUGGGUCUGCAGAUUUUACAGCCAAAGUGUGGAAUACAUAUACCGGUGAUGUUAUACAAACCUUCCAACAUGAACAUAUUGUACGUGCAGUGGAUGUCAGUGGAGAUGGAACAAGAAUUGCUACAGGAGGUAAAGAGGCCAAACUACGUAUCUUUGAUCUUUUUCGUCCGGAUGCACCUCCUUUGGAAGCAGUGGGUCAUACUGGAAUGAUUCGAUCUGUGGUAUGGGAUGAUCAACGACAUCGACUUUUAACUGCUGGUGAAGAUUGUUUGAUUCGGAUAUGGGAUCUUCGAACUAUGCGACAUACUGAUACCAUUACUUGUCAAGCUCCAAUCUAUGAUAUGACUUUGGCUAUUGAUCGCUCUUGCCUUAUGUGGACUUCUGGAAAGACUGCCAAUUUUUGGAAUGUGGAUAGUUUGAAUCAUGAUGAUAUUACCACUCAUGUAUUGGAACACAAACUAUCAUCUGUAUCAUUACAUCCUGAUCAUUCUACCUUUGCCGCUGGUAGUGAUGAAGAUUUAUGGGUUCGGAUCUAUGACUUUGGUACUGGUGAAGAAAAGGAAAUCUACAAAGGUCAUCAUGGUCCUAUUCAUACUGUUAGUUUUAGUCCUGAUGGUGAAAUGCUUGCUACUGGCUCAGAGGACGGGACUGUGCGUUUAUGGAAAACUGGUACAUCCAACACUUCUUAUGGUCUUUGGAAAUUCAAUGACAAUACAUAAUAGUGAUAGUAGCAUAUUUUAGAAUCAUACAUCAUCUUAGAUUCCGCUCCUUUCUUUCUUUCUUUCUUUUUUUUUUUUUUAGUUUGCAAAUAAACAUAUGAU